AGACUAGGGCGAGGGGCGCGAGGCUUUCUGAAGGAUCCCUGGAGGGCCUGUUUGGUCCAGCAAACCCCAAAGGCUUAGUCGGGGCUCUGCAGUGUCAUGCCCCGGAGCCCCCAGACCGUGCCGAGCUGGGCGCUGUUGCUGCGGCUGCUGGCAUUGCUGCGGCCGCCGGGGCUGGGCGAGGCGUGCAGCUGCGCCCCCGCGCACCCCCAGCAGCACGUCUGCCACUCCGCUCUCGUGAUCCGGGCCAAAAUCUCCAGUGAGAAGGUAGUUCCUGCCAGUGCAGACCCUGCUGACACUAAAAAAAUGAUCCGGUAUGAAAUCAAACAGAUAAAGAUGUUUAAAGGGUUUGAGAAAGUCAAGGAUGUUCAGUAUAUCUAUACACCCUUUGAUUCCUCCCUCUGUGGUGUGAAACUAGAAGCAAACAGCCAGAAGCAGUAUCUCUUGACUGGUCAGGUCCUCAAUGAUGGAAAAGUCUUCAUCCAUCUUUGCAACUACAUUGAGCCCUGGGAGAACCUGUCCUUCUUGCAAAGAGAAAGUCUGAAUCAUCACUAUCAUCUGAAUUGUGGCUGCCAAAUCACCACCUGCUACACAGUGCCCUGCAUCAUUGCGGCCCCCAAUGAGUGCCUCUGGACAGACUGGCUGUUGGAACGAAAACUGUAUGGGUACCAGGCCCAGCAUUAUGUCUGCAUGAAGCACGUUGAUGGCACCUGCAGCUGGUAUGAGGGACGCCUGCCCCUCAGGAAGGAGUUAAUUGACAUCGUCCAGCCCUAAUAGGGAACAGAGACCACUACAUCCCUUCAGGAGUCCUGAAGACCAAGCCCGUUUUCCUUCCCUGCAGAGCUCUGGCUAUCACCACCUGCCUCAUUGCAGCCAGCCAAUGGGAAGUACCAAGUGAGCAGUCUGGCUAGGAUUAGAGCAGGACUGCGGCAUAUUCAGUUUGUAUAUAAUCUGGACCCCAGCCCAGAACCUGUCAAAGGCCAGGGAAAGUAGCACGACUUUUCUAUCCUACCCUCAGCCCUUCUUCCCUGCCUCCCAAACUCUUUUAGUCUAGCUAGUACCUGUUACUGAAAGUUUUAAUUCUGGCUUAGGAUCAAAAUAGUUUUGGCCAGAACUAUUCCAUUUUCUCUGUAGCAAAACGUGUUUUCUCUUACCUUAAUUGAUCUGAUAGGGAAGAAAUGGUGAAUGUUAUGUAUAUGAGAUGGUGUAGCCUUCUGAUGUACAAUACCAGAAAACAGGUUGACAGUAUCACAAA